AUGGAAAAUUCACCAACUAGAGAAACAGAUCACGUGGUUAAAUUCAAUGGCAAGACUUUCCCACUUUGGAAAUUUGGAUGCUGGCUGAAACUUGAACAGCAUAAUCUUGUAACCAUCGUUAAUGGAACUGAACCAUUACCAGAACAGAUUUUAAAUGAGGAUGGAGAAGUCAUUAAUUUGGAAGACAUCCAAGACUGGAUGGGAAGAGAUAUCAUCGCCCGUAAUUAUCUCGUACGCACGAUCGAGCAUCAACAGCAGAGAACGCUCAUCAAUUGCAGAACUGCACACGAGAUGUGGACUCGUAUAUCGGCUCAACACCUUCAAAAUGCUGCUGAGAAUCAACACGUGCUGCAACACAGAUUCUACGAGUAUCAGUACCAACCCAAUCAUAGAAUCAUGUCUCACAUCACAGAGAUAGAAACUCUUGCUUCACAACUCAGUGACGUAGGCGCACCCAUGACGGAGAUUCAAAUAAUGACAAAAAUUAUCUGUACACUUCCCCCAAGCUACCGAAAUUUCUCAACUGUAUGGGACAGUGUACCAGUAAACGAGCGCACCAUUGCUCUUUUCACGUCGCGUUUUCUGAAAGAAGAGUAA